AUGCCGACCUUUGGAGGUCUGCUCAAGAAGAAGAAGACCAAAGAGCCUUCGGAAGACAAAUCUUCUGGCAGCGGGGCCUAUCAACCAAUUCAAUACAAGUCUUCCCAGAAAACCGACACCUCCACUACCGCAUCCUCCAAGACGACCUCAGAUGCACCAACACAGUCCACUGCUGCCACCACCACCGCCGCCACCACCACCACCACCACCGUGAUCUCCACUCCGGAUCCCAAUGCGAAACCGGCUGAAAGCAACGGUGCCUCCAAUAUGAACAUUGCCAACCUUGUCAGCCCCGCGGCGGGCACGGCGGAUGCCAAAGGAGCUACGAGACAGACCAAGGGCAAAUAUACUCUCUCAGAUUUCACAAUUCAGAGGACAUUGGGUACGGGUUCAUUCGGUCGGGUUCAUUUGGUGCAGUCGAAACACAACCAGCGUUUCUACGCCGUCAAAGUCUUGAAGAAGGCUCAGGUCGUCAAAAUGAAACAGAUUGAGCAUACCAACGACGAGAGGAGAAUGCUACAACGAGUCAAACACCCUUUCCUCAUCACUCUUUGGGGGACAUUCCAAGACUCCAAGAAUCUCUACAUGGUCAUGGACUUUAUUGAAGGUGGAGAGCUUUUCAGCUUACUUCGCAAGUCACAGCGUUUCCCUAACCCAGUGGCCAAGUUCUAUGCCGCUGAAGUAACCCUGGCGCUGGAGUAUCUGCAUGGACAAAAUAUCAUCUACCGAGAUCUGAAACCCGAAAACUUGUUGCUCGACAGACAUGGCCAUAUUAAGAUCACGGACUUUGGAUUCGCCAAAGACGUGCCCGACAUUACGUGGACUCUUUGUGGUACGCCAGACUAUCUCGCACCGGAGGUUGUGGCCUCCAAAGGCUAUAACAAAUCAGUGGAUUGGUGGUCCCUCGGCAUCCUGAUCUUCGAAAUGCUGUGCGGGUUCACCCCGUUCUGGGACGGAGGAUCUCCUGUCAAGAUCUAUGAGAACAUUUUGAAAGGGCGAGUCAAAUAUCCCCCUUAUAUUCACCACGAUGCACAAGAUCUCCUAGUGCAAUUAAUCACCAGCGACCUGACCAAGCGAUUGGGCAAUUUGCACGGAGGCCCGGCCGAUAUCAAAAACCAUCCCUGGUUUGCAGAAGUGACAUGGGAGAGGUUGGUGAAGAAAGAUAUCGAUGCACCUUAUGUUCCUCCGGUCAAGGGUGGAGCUGGUGAUGCUAGUCAAUUUGACAAAUAUCCUGAGGAGACGGAAGAAUACGGCAAGAAGGGAGAGGAUCCUUUCGGUCAUUUCUUUACCGAGUUUUAA